AUGGCACUGCUGGGCAUGGUGUCGGCGCAGCAGGGCUCUUCGGCUCCCCCGCAGCAGCCGCAGCCGCAGCAGCAGCAAAGGCAGCUGCCGACUCCUGGGGGCUACUCGCAGGCGCCGCCGGCUGCCUUCCAGCCGCGCUUCCCCGCCGCCCAGCAGGGCUUCGGCGCGGGCUUCCCGUUCGGCCAGGGCGCCGGCUUCGGUGCCGGCUCGCCGUUCGGCUCUCCAUUCGGCGGAACGCCCGCCUUCGGCGGCUUUGGAGGUGGACCUGCGGCCGGCGGAGCCCUCGGGCUCGGACAGGGACAGGGACAGGGCUUUCCUGGCGGAUUCGCCGGCUUCAGGCCGGGGGCGGCAGCGGGGCCGGGAGGCGCCUUCGGACAAGGUUUCCCUCAAGGAUUCCCUGGUUUCAAUCAAUUCAGGAACUUCUGAGACCUGGAUCAAAACCCACGUCCCUACACCAAAGGACUUUAACACUGCUAAGAUGUGGAUUCCCAAAUUUAACAGAAUAUACUCAGACUUCGGUCUGCGAAGAAUGGACAACGUAUGAAAUUGUUACAGCAUUUUCUUUGACACCAAUGAAAGA